AUGGGGCAGGCCUUCAGAAAGCUGUUCGACGCCUUCUUCGGCAAUAGCGAAAUGAGGGUGAUUCCUGGUUAUGCAUGAUCCGUUGGAUUUUAUUUUUCCUCUGUUGGCGUCAUCUGGGCGUCCUCCAAGUUUGUCAAAUGCUUCUAACACGGAUAUGCUAAUCGGCGCCGAUCUUACUAUCUAUGCGUCUCGAUUUUUUUUAUAUUAUUUCCCUUAUUUUGAGUCAUUUUGUGGCUAUCCGUGGGGCAGAACUGCACCGCAGUUUUUGUCGAGUGAUAUUGCUUGCCUUGUGUUGCGAAUUCCUUCGAUUGUAUAGCGAUGAAACGUGAUACUGCGUAGGUUAUAGUAAUUUUAUAGCGAUUAAAGAAACGUGAAUUUCUUUGAUCAACAUAUCAUUUUCCAUGACAUCGUUUUCUCGAAUUAUUCUUGCUUUGAUACCCCUUAAUUAGUCUUUGCCGAACCUUCCUUAACAGGCACAUGCCCUCUGUAUCAAGUAGGAAGCUUUUUCAUGUGAAAAUCUUGUUCACUAUCACCAUCCGCAGCCCGUGAGUUUUUCACAUCCCGUGUCCGCAUCUGUUCGCCCCUAGGUAUAGAAAGGAUGGAUAUGAAUUCCUGAUCAACGUCCACAUCAGCUUCCUUUGUUGAAUGAUUUUUCCAAAACUCUGAUUGUAGGAAUACCUUUGUAGCCCACUUCUUCCUUCAAUUGUUCCAGGAAGUGAUUUCUUAGUGUUUUUUUCUGUAAUAUAGGAGAAGACCAACUUUAGACUCCAAGUCUCCUAAACUCACUUAGUUUUGACAGAUCAAAGUCUCCUCCCCAUAAUUUAUAUUUAGGAAUUCAUAUGUUUACUAGUUAAAUGGUGGGAGAUAUACUCUCAGAGACGACGGAUUCAUAAAUACACAGAAGAACUGUAGAUAUCUGAGCUCCAAAGCCUAGGAGAGAUGACUUGACAUUAAGACAACAGACCAAAAGUCUUCCAUUUCAAAACAAAGACCAACAGUCUAUGUAAGGACCGAGUUCAGUAAUCCUGCGUGCAGAUCAUUCACAUGUAGUUUUCAAGAUUUUAUCAUUCAUAUCCUUUCAUUCUAGUCUUUCAUUAGUCUCAGGCAACAAAAACUUCAUAUUGCUAGGUUUGACUACCAAACUAGACAAAUCAUAUCGGAGUGAAAGGCCAUGGGAUGAGGUUGUAGCUCGAAAAGAUUGUUUUUAGUAGAACAGUCUUUGAUGGCAAGUCCAACUCCAGUAUUUGAUCCGUUUGCUGAACACCCUCGCUCUAUGCCCUCUAGCCUGAUGUUGGUAAUGCUGAUAUGGUAGAUCUGGGUUCUCCAUCUUCGGUUUUAUUGUAGCCUCUUCCCUUGAAAUCUUAAUGGCUAUGCCAAUGAACAUCAGAAAUAGCUCCUCCGAUCUAGAUAUAAAAUAAAUUAUAAUGACCAGUAAAAUUCUUCUCAAAUCAUUCCCAAAGUUUUAAUGCACAUAUUGAUGUUCCGUUAAUAAUUCAGAGGUAGUAAUUGAUUCCCUUUCCUGGGACAUUCAUCUCUGAAAUUCCUUUUGCCCUCCCUUUCUUGGGCUAUUUCUUUUUUAAUUAAAUUAUGUUUUCUGAAAAAAAGUUUCUUUUCUGAUCUUGAUUUUGGCAAAAACUCUUUCAUUUACUAGGUUUUGGUCAAACUUAUUCAUGAUAAUGACAUGGAAGGCUAAAUAUUAUUAUUUUUAUUGUGGUAGACUUACUCAAGUUUCCAUUCCAUCGUUGCUUCCCCAUUGUUUUGAAAUUGUAGAAUAUGAUUGUAGUUUGGCUGUUUCUUUGCGGUUUUCCUAUUUUCAGCUCGACAUUUCAAUUCCACUAACUUCAUUAGGAUUGAAAGAUACCAUUGUAAUUCUACUGGGAUGAAAAUAUUUUUGAAAUUGAAAUAAUAAUAAAUGCGCAAUACUAGUUUAUUUGGAUCCCGUAUAGAUUCCAGAUACUGCUGUAUGGUUUACAUAGUCAUGCAAGGGUCUGGUGCUUAACAGAAUAUAGCUUUGCAAUUCUUAACUUUCCUUGGGUAUAAAUGGAUAUUCGUCGUCUUGGUAUUUGGGAAUGAAAUUCCCUUUAUUGUUAGAUUUUAUUUCCCUUUGUGAUAACUGUCAUAAUUUUCUAGUCCUUGAUUUACAUUUUUUUUUGGCGAAAAUUAUCACUUCAUUAAUCAAAAGAGGCUCUGACACAGAACAAGAAAAAUUGCAGUAACCUGAAGUUUCAUUUACAUUAUAGUGUCCUAUAUGGUGAAUAUUUCACGCUCUCACCUUCUAUUUUAGUCAAUGGUUGUGGCUUUGAGCUCUAUCCAGGCUUCCUUAUUCAUGUUUUAAAGUUUUUUUUCCUGUAAUAGGUCGUGAUGCUCGGGUUGGAUGCGGCUGGAAAGACGACAAUUCUAUAUAAACUACACAUUGGGGAGGUUCUAUCAACUGUUCCUACAAUAGGUAGUCAUUUUGAGAUGAUUCUCUUUUCUUGUACGUUUUUCCUUUUUCACUACCACGUUUCUUCCAUCAGUUUUGUGCCUGGUUUGAAGUUCACAUGUUUAUGGACACCUCCAAAGUGGAACCAGGUGAAUUUUUAAAAAAUAAAUUCAUUGGGAUAUCUUAUUUUCGGGCUAUAUUGUAGGAUGGGCAUAGUGUACCAACUUAGAUCAGAUCAAAAUCUUAUUUUUAUUUCCAAUGGAGUAAUUGUCCUUACAAGUUACUGUAGCCUUUUGAUUCUGUGAGCAUCAUACUCAUUAGCACGCCCAGGCAGGAAACCCCUUUACCAUGAUAGAGGCUUAUGGUAUGCUUAAUUUACAGUUCGUGUUGUAUGUACGGUAGCUUCUCUUGAAUUUGUCUUUCUAUGUAUGCUCGAUUGUUGGUAAUGAUGAUUAUACUUGUAGACUGCUUUGAUAGUUUUUUUGUGGAAUCCUCUCUUAGAUUCUUCUGUACAAAUGUGUGCAUGCCCUUAGGGAUGUUGGGUGUUGAUUAGGUUAACAAGCAAUUGUGGAUGCUGGAAGAAGAGAUUUGGGUGCAAGACAUAGAAGGCUGUUGGUAAUGCAAAUAAUAUUGAGAAACAGAUUCCCCUGUUAACUUUUAGUAUAAAAUGGAGUGGGUGUAAUGGAAUAUUCAGUUAUGCCAUUUGGAGAUCUCCGUUGUUAAAAGUUGAAUUUCUACUUUAUAGUUUCCAAUGGUUCAUUGUAUUAUCAUGAACAUCCACACCACAUGGACAUAGGAGGGAGAUUAGUAUACAUGAGCAUUCCAUUUGCGCUAAUCCAUAAAGUUUGGAAGGAGUUCUGCUACUUUCCUAGGUGAGGUGGAUCCUGGCAAGUAUUGGCCUGGUGCAAGAACCAGAGAGAUCGGGCCCCAUUAGUGGAUAGAGGCGACCAAGUCAGGUGGCUGUGCUUCAUAGCCAUUUAUUGAUCAUUCAGAUUGAAAUAAACGAAAGAGCAACAAAAGAAUUUUAGAUGUUUGAAAACCUUGUAGAGUUGGGUUUUUAGGUCCAUGUAGUGCCUCACUUCUCGUGUAUGAAAUAUGUUCUGUUGAGGUCCGGGAUAAAUUACAUUUGGCAUUCUCUAAUCUCGAGGAAGGGAGAUUAUACUGAUUUGAAACCAUACAAAUCUUAUAGAAUGGAUGAAACUACAUCACAUCACAUAUCCUUGUAUGGACUCUAUAUUUUAAAAUGCCCAACGUCCUUCUCGAAAUAGUUAUACAGUCGUCUAUCUAUGUCUCUAAUGUGUAAUUGGCAUGUGAAAGUUGAAACGGUGAUAGUAGGAAGACAGAAUGUGCAAGAUUUUGACGACUUUGGUAUCUGGAAUCAGCAAGAUUGUAGGUUUUGCUACGUCUUGUCGUCCCAAUCUUUGGAGCCAGGGAUCCUAUCUACACGUCUUCAGAAAAAAAGACUGUUUUAAGGUUGAUAAAAAAAAAAAAGGAAAACUACAAAAACAGUAUUUCUUUUCUUGUAAUCUAUGUUUCAAUUUUUCUCAUUAUCUCUCUCUGCCCUUUUUCAUCUGGUUUUAUGGCCUAUAGAGUGAUUGGCAUUUCUUUAGGCAGACUGUCCAAUCUUGAUCCGUGUUCGUCAGCUUUCCCACUCUGACAAACUGAUUCUCUAAUCCAUGGUCAUAUGGCCAGUCUUGCAGUAUCGUUAGGCUUCUCUAUUGAGUCGUAAUGCCCUCUGCACAUAUUUGGGUUGGGGGGGGGGGGGGACAGAGAUCAAGGAGAGAAACCCAAUCCUUUUAUUUGAUUCCAUCUUUGGUCACUUGCGCUGUCCCUCACUAGAUGGAGCAUUGGCAGCUCAAAUUUUUAUUAGAUUUGAGUAUGAUUCUGAUAUAUGAAUGUUUUUAUUAUAGGUCAUGAAUGUCAUCUUUUUCGUUAUUCUGGAUAGUCUAUUAUUAUAAACGAGAAAUUCAUUUUAGCUGGUGAUGUUCAGUGGGUGACCUGUGUACUAUCUACGGUGAUACAAUUGAAAUAACUUCUGGCUAGUUACUUAUAUAUCAUGGAAACCAAACACGAACUAAGGAACUUAACAUUUUCUUCCUUCUUGAAGCUUGGCUUAAAGAUUGAUGAUAAUUGGUUUAUCCACAGAUUUUUUAGUACUUUGAAAAAAAUUUCCUUUAAUCCAUGUAGCAUGUGAUUCAAGAUAUUUGAUGAGUAGUGCACGUAUUUUUCACUUUUCCUUCUGGCAAUCUAUAUCAUUGGAAGAAAGAAAAUGGUUACUUAAAAUAUCUGGCAUAUAUCCCUUUUGCUUUCUCAUACUACUGAAGUUCGUUUUUCUCCUAUACAUUGAGAUUCUGAUGCACACUAUAAUUUGAAUGUUGUUAGCGUUUCUUUCUUCGUCACAUUGAACUCUAAAACUAUUCAAUCCCCUUUUAUAUACUCAGGUUUCAAUGUGGAGAAAGUCCAGUACAAAAAUGUUAUGUUUACUGUCUGGGAUGUUGGUGGGCAAGAGAAGCUGAGGCCAUUGUGGAGGCAUUACUUCAACAAUACCGAUGGACUGGUAAACAUAUUUUCAUGAAGAACUAUCAUGUUAAUGAUUUGAUAAUCUAAUUACCUUGGUAUGGAUUUUUUUUGGCUUCUCCGUGAGAAACAAGCCCAGGCCUCUUCUCCGUUUUGUUAAGAGCUGAAUUCAGUGUUUUAGAUGCAGAUGCAUCUUCUUACAAGUGGUCAUUUGGAGUUUCCUUUGUGAUAUAUGUUUACUGAAUAUUUACUUCAUUUUCCAAGAAUUGCGAACUCGUAUUGUGGCCCCGCGAACUAUGUACAGGUUCUGCCGAUAUUAGUUCUCCUUUUCAUUAUGCCUUGCUCUUGUAUAUUCAGUCCUGUAACUCUGUGUGUCGGUCAUGAUUGUUAUGAGUUGACAGUGUCAUGUUGAAUAUUGUCACCAAAUGCUUGGUUAAGUUAGAGGAAGGCAAGGCUAUGCUGUAAGAAGCAUCCUCAACGACGAGCUGGAAGUCAUCGUGAAAUGAGAGGGUAGCGAACUAAAGGUUGUAUAAAAAAUAUUGUUGAUCAACUUAUAACAGAUGUGCAGAGUUGAAGUAUGCUAUGUGCUCGGCUAAUUCAUAUUGCGGACUUCAAUAGCAGGUUCCUUUAAAAUGCAUGUCCAUGGGGGUUUUGAUCUCAUGGAUCAAAUUUAUGUAUAGCCCUGUAGUUUGUGACGUAUCAUUCAUAAAAAUGUGAAGAACUGGGGCUUUAUUGAUGUAGAUGCGCCUUGGUCCAGUUGGAUAGGCUACUCACAGGAUAUCUCUGGCUCUGGCAGAGAUCUGACUUUGUGUUUUCCAAAUGAUGUUGCUUCUCGACUUUGUGUUGCUAUCGUUUUGAUGAUGUAGUCCAUCCGAAAUGGUUUACUUAUUGACCAUCUGGGUAUUCAGCAUAGGGUGUUGUGACCCCUCUCCUUGUAUUAAUCGUACGGAUAUCUGAUUAGGUCUGGCACACCUCUCCUUUUUCUCUUUGGUCAUGUCAUUUCUACGAUAUGUCUUGAAUCAUCAGUUGCCAACACUCAAUGGUGCACAUCAACAAUGUUUAUGGGACCACCCUCCUGUCUGGCUAUUAUGAACCUCAUUAUAUAUAUUGCAUCAAAAUGGGAAUGGAAAUGAUGCUGAUGACCUUGGCCAGGGGAGUUCUAUGCAUGAUUUAAACAUUUCAAGAUUCAGUUUUUUCUUUAAAUAUAUAAAAAUUGAAAAUGGAAAUCAGUCUGCUGUUGACAAAUGAUUUAAAAGGAGAUUGCUUCGAUAAAGAAAGCCAGAUCUCUAGUGGCAGUUUCCUGUGUUGAGCUUUGACUUGUUGCCCCUUAGCAAUGGUUUUUUCUUUCCUGACAGGAAAAAAUUCCUUCCAGUGAUGCAAUCGCCUAGACUCUUCUUAUGUCUUUGUUUUGGCAGAUUUAUGUGGUUGACUCGUUGGACAGAGAAAGAAUCAGCAAGGCAAAAGCAGAAUUCCAGGUCUCAAUUGUCACUUUUUCAUCAGGAAUUGUUUUCUCAAAUGCCCACAAAGAUGGAAAACUUUCCCUGGGUUCAUCUCCAUUGACACCUCUCUUUCCUUUCCAGGCCAUUAUCAGGGACCCCUUCAUGCUGAACAGUGUCAUCCUGGUUUUCGCCAACAAACAGGACAUGGUAAGUUGAACCAGGGGACCAUCCAAACCAGCUUUGCAUGAACCAGGGGACCAUCAGCUAAUGAUCCUCUCUCAUCCGCUGCUCAGUUCUUCCAAUAUCUUUCAAGGACCAUUAUACUCCAUUAAUCCUUCAAAAAAAAAAAAACCCGAGGCCAAGGUUUUCUUUUAUAUAUAUAUAUAUACACUUUAUUAAUUCAGCGAUUUCACACCUGAAUGUUGAUCCCUCAGAGAGGAGCCAUGACCCCGAUGGAGGUGUGCGAAGGCCUGGGGCUUUAUGAUCUCAAGGGAAGAAGAUGGCACAUCCAAGGAACCUGCGCCAUCUCAGGCGACGGGCUCUACGAGGGCUUGGACUGGCUUGCCAGUACAUUGAAAGAACUCCAGGCCUUGGGCCGCACAUCUUCGGCUGGCACCUCCUCCUUCUGA